AGCAGAUGUAGCUCGUGCUUGCCCUGCGAGUUGUCGGUGUGGAGUUCGUCACGUGUGGCGCUAGAGUUUGUUUACAUCUUGGCAAUGUCCGAGGGGAACGAAGUGACGAUGCACACGCCCUCAACCCUGCUCCCGCCCGUUGAUCGCACCCUUCACUGUAGCUCGAGGAUAUUCGCAUUAACGCCAAUCUUUACGACCGCUAAUACGGAUCUCGGAAACAUACCGUCUGACGCGCCUUUACUCCUGUUCGACCGAGUCCGGAUUCGUGCGCAUGCACGCGCUUUGACGCUACUUGCGCACUCAUAAUACCGAUUCACCUCACCCGCACCGGACUCAAUGUCCACCAUUUUCGCGCGCUCCCCGCUUGUUACCCUACCUAUGGCCGUAAACCGUCCUAGUACGCGACGACGAAGCGCGAAGCAAGCAUUCGACGACGAUGAUGCGCCAGCGCCAAAGAGGGUCAAGGCAGACUCAAACGGAGCUGGCAAGAAGGCCACGACCACCAACACAACAACGAAGAAGGCUGCGAAGAUUGCCUACGACGAGAACGACGACGGCUUCCAGUUUUCGCGGCGCACGACGCGAAAGACCACAAAGACGCAAGCCGCGCCAUUGCAAGAAAGCAUACCUGAGGCCAAGAUAGCAAAACCGACGCGACGGAAGGAGGUCUUGCGCUCGUCGCCUGAACCUGCACCUGUGAAAGCACCAACACGGCGGAAAAAGCCAGCCGCGACUGCUGACCCAGAAUCCUCGGACACACAAAACCGACGACGCUCUGCGCGCAUCUCUGGCGACAAGAAUAAUCUGGAAAUCCGGCCGAAAUCCGUGGAACCUCUGCUACCAAAGCGCACCGGCAGGAGAGCGCCUUCUGAGCCGCAAAAGAAGAAGCAGAAGCAGGUCACACCAGCACCAGAAGAGCAACCGGCACACGCGUUUGCAGGUGCGCAGACUCCAAACCAGGAUGAUGUCAAUGCUGCGAAGGAACGUGAUCCUAAUGCGAAGCGCAUUAUGCUUCCUUUCGCGGACACACCGGUGAUUACGCGAAACAAGGAAAUGCGCAAAGGCAACAAGGAUGGGCAUAGGCGGAGCAGUACAGGGUUACGCGGCAGGAGAGCAAGUUCGCUCAUCGAUAGCGGCAUGUCGAAUGCUCUUCCACACUCAGCGAUCGAGGUUGCGGAUUACUACAAGUACAUCGAACAAAGCUUACCGGAGCCGCGCCGAAUGAAGCAACUGCUUACCUGGUGCGGGUCCCAAGCCUUGCCAGAGAAGCCGUCGGGCGACGUUAAGAACACCAAUGCGAUAAUGGCUGCUCGAGCGAUCCAACAAGAACUUAUCGACGACUUCGCGAAUCGGCCGGAGCUGUCAGAUUGGUUCAGCAGAGAAGAGACAGCAGCAUCACCAGUCGUCAAGAAGCCAAACCCCGUGAACGAAAAGAACAUAAUUACACUGCAGGAGUUGGAGGAGGAGGUCAGGCGCCUUGAAGAAGAGAUGGCUGCUUGGGAAAGCCUGGAGAAGCCGUCUUUUCCGGCAGCUCCUGCAGCGCCCCCAUCCAAUGCGCCAGCAGUCACAUUAGCUGACAUCGACACCUCGCUUCUCGAUCCAGCGCAAGCUGCGAUACUCUCACAACUACAACUUCCGUUCACAUCUUCCGAGGAACAGCCACCGUCAGCCUUCAAAUUCACGUUCACAACGCCUUCGGCUUUGCAAACACAUCUCGACAAGUUAAGCCAAUCGCUGGAACCCAACAUCGACCUCUUUGCAGACGGCGUAAAUAAGAUCGAGCAGUACCGUAACACAGCAGAGCGCGUCGCAGACCGUAUCCUCGGCACAGCAGCGAAAAGAUUGGAGGAGCGCGACCGAGAAGUCAAGGAAAGAGCUGGCGCAGAUGGCAUCGGCAUUGGCGAUGUGUUGAGAGGACUGGCGGGUGUUUUGGGAGAGUCGUGAGAGCAUAGCAGUCUCAAAUUGAGAUUGAUGCUCAUCAUUGACACUGGACAGGCAAGAGAGAAACGAGAUUCUGCCAUCCGCGCCUUCAGAGUGGACACUUCCCAGAGUACUGCCUCAGGGAACGUACACAUUCGAACUCGAGGCCGGCUUCCGCGAGUUCUGGACAGCGUGCAUGGCUCGCUCACCCUGCAGAUUGCGAGACCUCUAGCUGGGACCAAGGCUGCACGGGCGACAUGAUUGACGCUGAAAGCAGUGGUGCGCUGGACGUGCCAGUCUCGCAGGCACAGGGGUCGGGUUCGCGGCGCAAUUGUGAGGACGCAUUGGACGAAUGGGAGACGACUACGCACACAUGGUGCUAUACUAUCGACUUAAACCUGCAAGUGUGCAUAUCAAGCGUGGUGUUGGGGGGCAUUUGCUCAAUGAAUCUUCUGUGUUUUAGCGAUUACGACAGCUUCUAUGUAUACAUCAC